AUGCCACUGCCCCCCCCAAGGACAUCCGUGACCACGACGCAUGACGCCACAUCUUUGAAAGGCAAAAACACUACGGCAGGGACGACGACGACGGCGGCAGUGGGGGUUGUGCAGGAUGGAGGGCGUUUAUCGGUGUUCAGCAGCACUUCGCCGCGCCCAGUGGAGGCCCCCGCACGGGAGGAGGAGGAGAACGCACGACGCAAAGGGCGUGCCAUCCAGCGGAAGAUCCUGCGGCCACUCAAGUCCGCCAUGCCAGAGGUGAAAACAGAAAAGGUGCCGCGUCCACUGCCAUUGCCACCUCGCACUUCCGAAACAAUGACGCCGGGGGCCGCAUCUAAAACUGCUUCCGUGACGAGCGCUUCUAGAAACAGUGUUCAGUCGGUUCCUUUACCGCAGCCACAGGCACUGCCGCCGUCAAUUUUUGACGACGCACCUGUGCAAGCCAGCCUGGAGUACUUGACAAGGCCCCAUCGCUCAUGGGAUAGCGCCGUCAAAAUUAGGGAGCGGAGAGGCAGGAGACAAGAACGGGGAACCGCUCGUCGUGCGUGGCGCAGCAGCAGCAGUCUAUCUAAUUCUUUGGCGAGCUCCGCAAGCGUGUUGUGUGCCUCCUCAAAUAGAAUGGUGAGCCACUCCAGUCUUAGUGUUCAUAGUGCGCCUCCUAUGCUUAGUCAUCCUCACGCCUCAGUGUCACCUGGAAACACGCCGGGAGGUGGUACGCUCCGCCGUGGCCGCUUUGGGGUGCCGCUGAAUCUUCAACCCUCCCCGGAGGGUCUCGCCGUUGACGGGAGCAGCCUUUCGUUGUCAUUUGCUUCUUCAACGAUGUCGCAUUUGAAGCCACUACCACAGGACCAAGCUUUUUUUCCUACGACGAGGAGUAAUACGCUUGGAAACGCAUCCGCCCAGGGGCGGGGCGCGAAUACGCCUGCACUGGGAAGGGUGCGAGAGUUCACAUUUACUAUGCAGUAG